AUGUUUAUUAUUGAACAAGUAUUGAUUGAAAGGGAGGAAGGUGAUGAAUUUGCGAAGAAAGAGGAAGAAUUACGCAGAAAUCACAUUCUUGAUCAUGAUGACAAAGUCCACGAACUACUGGCGGAACUGCAACAGUUACAAGCGGAGAGAGAUGAGGAGGUGCGGAUGCUGAGAGCUGAACUCAACGAUGAGCAUCAGAUGAGGAUAGAAUUGACGUCGAUAGUGCAAAGCACAAAGACGGAUUUGGAUUUGGCAAGAAAUGCAGCCGCUAUCAAGCAUAGUGAAUCCAUUGCGUUGCGAAGGUAAGU